CUCUCUGCCCCUGGAUGCUGUGCAGGACUGAGACCAGAGACGGUCACCAUCAAAUAGUUUUCUCUGCCUGAGUGGCUGAUGCUAGCGCUGUAAGGGAGUCACUCCCAGACCGAAGAGACUCAUCUCUGACGGGAAUCCUUCCAGUCUUCUUGCUAAGCCACUCCACCUCUCACCAUGGCCAUCGUCCUCCACUCCAGCCCUCUGCUCUGGACACGGCUAGCAGCCCUGGUCUUCACCUGCGUGGCCUUCUCUGUGGCCGUGCACGGCGGCAGAUUGUACCACGGCACCAAGGACUGGUGCAUGUUCUGCUGGGCCUUCGGCUUCGCCGGCACCCUGCUGGUCCUGCUGGUGGAGCUCUUCGGGCUGCAGUCCAGAGCCCCGGUGUCCUGGAAGAACUUCCCCAUCACCUUCGCCUGCUACUCCGCCGUCUUCUGCUUGUCCGCCUCCAUCAUCUUCCCCCUGUACUACCUCAAGGGCUCCUCGGGGCCAAACGAGACCCGCGACUACCGCAUCGUGUCCACCGUCUUCUCCUGCCUGGCCACCAUCGCCUACAUGAGCGAGGUGAGCAUCAGCAAGGCGCGUCCCGGCGAGGUCGCCGGCUACAUGGCCACGGCCCCCGGCCUGCUGAAAGUCUGCGAGACCUUUGUGGCCUGCGUCAUCUUCGUCUUCGUCAGCGACCCCGUGCUGUACGACCGCCACGACGCCCUCAAGUACUGCAUGUCCGUCUACUGCAUCUGCUUCAUCCUGUCGGCGGGCAUCAUCAUGCUCUGCAUCGGCGAGUGCACCGGCUGUCUCCCCUUUCCGUUCGCCCGCUUCCUGUCGGGCUACGCUCUGCUGGCCGUGGUCCUCUACCUCUCAGCGACCAUCAUCUGGCCCAUUUUCAACUUCGACCCCAGACACGGGGGGAACAAGAACAGGCCGUACCAGUGCAGCAGCGCGAUGGGACUGUGCAUCUGGGAUAAGCUCAUGGCGGUGGCUGUGCUCUCUGCCGUCAACUUCAUCCUGUACCUGGCCGACCUGAUCUACUCCACCCGCCUGGUCUUCGUCAGUGCUUGAAGGAGGACAGAGCGCCAGCAGUAUGCGCCAAAUGAAAUGAAAUUCGUCCAGUUUAUGAAAGGCUGUAAAACUGCUGUCAAAUAUACUGCUGCAGGCAAAUGCUUGUGUACUCAUCGGCACUCUGAUUUGUUUUAUUGGUAUCCACACAGUCGAGAGAAGCUCGUGCAUCAUGGUGGGAACAGACUCCUGAGUUUACACCCCAACUGGUACCUUUCUGUUGCUUCAAAUUUCCU